AGUGUGUUGUGAUAUUUGGUAGAAUUGAAUUUGUGUUCUUCGUAGUUAAUCUAAAAUUUGACAUCAAUAUACACAACAAUAUUAAUAAUAUUAUUGAGCAGCGCAUAGAAAUAUGCAAAACAUAAAGACAGUUUAUCAAAAAAUGUUAAGAAAAUUUCCUAUGGGCACACAAGCAGUACAGGCUGGAAUAUUAAUGGGACUUGGUGAUCAAAUCGCACAGAAUUUCAUAGAUAAUUCGAAAACUAUUGAUUUUAAACGUACAAUACAAUUUGCGGGGAUUGGUUUGUUCAUUAGUGGUCCAACGACAACAAAGUGGUACAUGGUUUUAGAUAAAUACUUAGGUUCUAAAGGUUAUUCUGUUGCAAUUAAGAAAGUUGCUUGUGACCAAUUGUUCUUCGCACCUACAUUUAUAGCAGUUUUACUAAUCACUAUUGGCAUUUGCCAAGGGAAAGACAUCAAAAAACUAAAAAUUAAAUUGGCCAAUGAAUAUAGUGAUAUUUUAAUAAAUAAUUACAAGCUGUGGCCUAUGGUACAACUUGUGAACUUUUCUCUGGUACCUUUACAUUAUCAAACACUAGUUGUACAGUCAGUUGCUUUAUUGUGGAAUAGCUAUAUUUCAUAUAGAUCAAAUUUUGAUAAACAGGACGAAUUUAUAUGA